ACCGAUUUUUAUCUCUUCGCCCCACUAUUACUGCUCAACAGCAGCAACAGCACAGAAAAAAAGAUCCAAGAGUUCUAGCAAAUGAGUUUAUACAGGCAUUUGAGUCGAAAUAUGGUACACAGCAUAUACAUUUUUUCAAGGGUGGUUAUCUUCAAGCACUAGAAAAGGCUAGAAAUGACCUUCAGUUUAUGAUGGUUCUGUUACAAAGUGAAGAUCACGAUGAUACAAAUGCCUUUUGCAGGUAAAGAUAUGAAACGGAUAAAUAGAGAACUUGAAAAGUGAUGAAGAAUUCGACUCACAUAUAUUGUAUCAUGAGUAGGAAUGUCUUGAAUUCACCCCAAUUGAUUGACUUUGUCAAGGGUAAUAAUAUACUUGUUUGGGCGGGAGAUGUACGUGAAUCGGAAGCUCAUAAGGUCAGCAGCACAUUGCAAGCAGCCACAUUCCCUUUUAUGGCUUUGAUCGCCUUACAACAACCGCGGGUAGGCUCCUCAUCUGCAGCACCUAAAAUGGGCGUUCUUGCGCGCAUUGAAGGCUGCCAGCAAUAUAAUAACGUUGAACUGUUGAUUCAGCAAUUGGAGUCAACUAUGGACCGUCAUGGAGCUGUGAUAAACCGUUUACGGCAUGAACGGAAACAACGCGAAAUGGAACGACAGCUCUUAUCUGAUCAAGACAAAGCUUAUCGUAAAUCACUCAAAGCCGAUCAAGAAAAAGCUCGUAAAGCCAAAGAAGAAAAAGAACGACAGGAAAGGUCAGAACGAGAAAGACUGGAGAAGGAGAAGCAGAAGGAAUUGUUAGAGAAGAAACGUCAACAGUAUAUACGUUAUUUAUAUACUCACUUGCCUGUUGAGCCUACAGAAAAUGUGGCUAGGAUUAGUUUCCGAUUGGCUGAUGGUGCUCGUGUGGUAAGAAAGUUUGCAAAAACUGACACUUUGGAAUCUCUUUAUCAAUUUGUGGAGGCGUAUCCUUUGAUUAAAGAAGCAGAAAGCAUUGAAGAAGAGAAAAGUAAACCCGAUAAUUAUAAGCAUCAAUACAAAUUCAAAAUUGUUAGUCCCUACCCCAGAAUGGAGUAUGAGCCAGACGAUACUAAAGAGAUACACACUGUUUCAAGUCUUUGGCCAAGCGCUACACUUGUGGUUGAUGCUGCGGAUGAGGAUGAAGAUGUGGAUGAGAAUAAUGAAGAUAAUGCUAUUGAUACUACUACAUCAGUUGGAAAUUCAGUCUAAGACAGGGCACUGUUUAAGGAUUAUGAUGAUAUUGUAUAUGAAGAACAAGAUAUUGAUCUUUUUCUUAAUUGCCCACUUACAUUUGUAAAUAUUAAUAAAGUAAAGCUACAUCAAACA